GAGCGAGCUUUGGCAGUAUUCAAAAAUCCUGAAAAUGUUAUCGCUGUUGGACCCUUCAUCGACGUAUUUACCUCCAUGGACUACGUCAUCAAACAACAGAUUCAUUUAGUGACGUCAUCAAGUGAAGGUCAGGAGAAAUCUGAAAGAGCCCUUCCAGUGCUUCCUGACACAAAAUCACUAUCCAGUGCUGUCGCCGAGAUUGUGCAAACCUUGGGCUGGAACAAAGUCGCCUUUUUGUCACAAGAUGACUUUUCACCCGUGUUGGCCCUCGGGAACAGAGACAUAUUUGCUUGGCCCAUUCUGCUGCCGUCCAACAUAAAAGGUGGGCACGACCAGGAACUGAGACAGACUAUGACCCAGCUUCGCGAGGCACAGAUGCGACACUUCAUUCUGCACUCCAUGGACAAGGAGGUCGUGCAGCACGUCAUCGCAUCG